UAGUCUCGCGUUACCCGCGUUCUCGUACAUGGUAUAUAUAGCGCGUCUGUCUGACAUGACAUUUACUUUUUUUCCGAUUAGGGUUUAUUAGAGUUAUCCUGACCGUUUGAUUUAUUAGUCAAUAAGAACGACAACGAACAAUGUCUUCGGCGGAUAUUGCGAUGCUCGUGGAUAUGGGUUUUAGUCUGAAGAAAGCAGAACGGGCUCUGGAAAUUACAGGAAAUAAGGGCGUAGAGCCGGCAAUGGAAUGGUAUAAAUUGAAAUAUUUAUUUAGAUUUACAUCAUGUGUUAAAUAUUCUUUCACUGGUCUUAGGCUUUUGGCUCACGCGGAUGAUGCUGAACCUUGUCCAGAACCGCCAGUUGCAGAAGCUGCUCCUCAACCUGCAAAUGAAGCUCCGGCUCAAGAUAAUGUUGCUAGUACUAGUAAUGAACAACCUGCUGAAAUUGCCAAAUCAGUUAAAUGUGAUGUUUGUGGAAAGUUGUUCAAAACGAAUCUGGAGGUUGAGUUUCAUGCGACAAAAUCUGGUCAUGACAGUUUCUCUGAAAGUACUGAAGAGAAAAAAGCAUUGACGGAAGAAGAGAAAAGAGAGCAACUUAGGUUGCUUGAGGAAAAGCUUCGACAAAAGAGAAAAGAACGGGAGGAGGUAGAGAAAAAGGAAGCUUUUGAGAGAGAGAGAAGUAGGAUACGCUCUGGGAAAGAAAUGGCAGAGGCAAGAAAGAAAUUGGAAGAAUUAGAAAUGAAAAAACUACUAGAACAAAGAAAGCGUGAAAAGGAGGAAGAAAAGUUAGCACGUCAGCGUGUAAAGGCUCAAAUUGAAGCAGAUAAGGCAGCGAGGAAAGCCAAAGCCAUGGGCACAUCUCCUCAAGCACCUUUAACUGCACCGGUGCCUUCCACAGCUUCAUCGACAUCCUUAGUGUCUACCCCUAGAAAAGACUACACUGAAACAAAAUUACAGAUUAGACUUACAAACGGUCAAACGUUAACGGAAACAUUUGGCAGUAAGGAGCAGCUAUCGGCUGUACGUCUUUUCAUCGAAAUAAACAGGACAGACAGUCCAGGGCCAUUUAAUUUGAUGACAAAUUUUCCUAAGAAAGUUUUUAUGGAAGAGGACUAUGAUACGCCAUUGGAAGUCUUAGGAUUGGUACCGUCCGCUGUGAUAAUCGUGCAGAAAAAGUCGGAGUGAUCCUAGACGCUAAUUUGCAUCCCUGGCUGAGUUGUAAGCCAAAACAUUCUCUUACAAUAUUAUACCAACAAUUGCAUUAAGAUAGUAUAAAUUAAAUCAGUUUCAUAUUAA